UUUCAUUAAUUGUAUCAAAUUGUAUAAACCCGUAGCUAAAAUAUAAGUAAGCCGGUUUCUAGUCAAUGAGAUUAAUUAAAUGAACAACAAUAAAAUAAAUGGGAAAGAAAGAAAGGUUUCAAAGAAGGAUUCGUUAACAAUUUUACGACAGUGUCGUAAAAAAUCAAUUCACGACUCGGGCCAAGAGGAAUACGACUGUAUUCAGUGGUAGCUUAGCAACCUUAGAAAAUGGACCGUUUGAACCAGCUAGUUGGCUAACAACUGAUGAAGUCGUGUUUGUUAUCUUUGGUAGUAUAUUAAUGCGUUAGCUUUCUUUUUUUAAUUAAAGACAUUUUUAGAUAUUUAACCCGUUUUGUGGGCACGUGAACGUUUUCAACGAGAAAUGUAGCCAUUUGUGCUAACUUUGUUUCUGUUAUUUAGCUCUGCUGAGCUAGGAGAAGUAGUUAACGGGCUCAUUGUUUCAUAUUUUAAAUAGAUUUUUCUUGCUUUUUCAUUAAAUACCCUUUACAUUUUGUCUAUUAGUCUCUGAAACGCCAUGCACAUAAAUUCCUACAUGUAUUUAACGCUGUAAUGCAUGGUACAGCCUCCAAUAGAGCAGAUUGGAGCAGCAGAAUGAGUUUUUAUUUCAAUUUAGCUGCAGUACUUUGCUCAAGAAUUUUGCUGCAACACAUUUUCCCGUGUUAACUGUUACAUUUUACUGCACCUGAGCAUCAAGUGUACAGAUCUGACACACCAGAACAAGAGCAAGAUGCCUCCAGCUGCAGACUGGACCUUCCUGAUGAGGGUUGACCCUGACAAUUUGGGAGAUGAUGAGGAGAAGAUCUGCGAUAUGCUUUUGAAGAUUUACCCAAAAGACCUGAAGGAGAGCGAGUUGAAGAAAGUAGCACAGCUGUUCAGAAUCUCACAGACCUUACUCAAGCUGAAGUUGGAGGAAGCGACCUGCGCCUACGAAAUUGUGGAAAAGGCCGGCGCUGAGCAAGCUAGGAUGGAAUCACAACUGAAAGAGGAGAUAGCUGAGCUGAAAACGGACCUGGAGAUUGCGCAGCGCUCUGCAGGGGGGAGAGACACACGCUUCCUCCGGGAUGAAAUCCGCCAGAUGGAGAGUCAGUUGGAGCAGAAGGAUAAGGAGUUGGUCCAGCUGGAGAAGGACAUGGAUAAAGAGAGGAAAAGCAACGAGGAGCUGUCACGGCGAGCGGAGGAGGCUGAAGAUGAGAACAGAAGGAUGAAAAGAGAGAUAAAGCAGCUUAAAAAGAAGAACGAGCAGCUCCAGCAGGAUGUCGAGUUCUACAGGAAGGAGCUGGAGCAGAAGGACUCGCACCAGAGCCGAGACGAGAGGACUGAGGCUCAGAAGAAACUCAACAAAGCCAACCAGCAGGCCGACCAGUACUGGGAGAACUGGCAGCGCUCUGAGGACGAGAACUCUCAGCUGAAGAGCGAGCUGGAGAACCUGCAGAAGAACCUGGAGGAGUCUGUGAGAGAGAUGGAGAAGAUGACAGACGAGUACAACAAGAUGAAAGUGGCGGUGCAGCAGACAGACAGAUUCAUGGACCAGCUGAGGAGAGAGAGAGACCAGGCCAUGCUGCAGGUGAGAGAGCUGACGCAGCAGAUUCAGGCUCGGGCCGAGGAGGACGAUCCAGUGAUGGCUGCAGUCAAUGCUAAAGUGGAAGAGUGGAGGAGUGUGUUAUCAGGGAAAGAUGCUGAAAUCCUGGAGUACCAGCAGAUGAUUCGGGACCUGAGAGAGAAGCUACGUGUGGCUCAGAUGGAUUCAGACAAAAGCAACAUCAUCGCAUUGCAGCAGGCGGUGCAAGAGAGAGACCAGCAGAUCAAGCUGCUGUCUGAGCGAGUGGAGCAGUACACAGGCGAAAUGGAAAAGAAUGCCUCGCUCAUUGAGGAGCUCAAGAAACCACUUAAAAAAGAUAAAGGUCCGGGCUCUAGCACACAGCAGAGGAAACUGGACGAGCUGAUUGGAAAGCUGCAGGUUGCAGAGCAGAGGGCAGAGCAGGCCGAACGCUCCGCCCAUCUCGCUGAAUCCGACGCCCACCACAAAGACCAGGAGCUGAGCGAAACCCUGAGCCGCAUUCGGCUUUACGAGUCUGGCACUGACGGGCUGGUAGCUGCUGUAGCCGAGAUCAAAGAAAGCAAAAACCAGGUCAGAAUCCGCGAUCGAGAAAUAGAAGCCAUGACCAGGGAAAUAAACCAACUGGAGAUGAAGAUCAACGACCUUCUGGACGAGAACGAGGAGCUAAGAGGGCGCCUGGGUUUAAAUCAGAAAGAAGAAGUGGAUUUGACCGAGUUCAGGAGAUCAAAGGUGUUAAAACAAAGGCAGUACAGAGCGGAGAACCAGGUUCUGCUAAAGGAGAUUGAACGUCUCGAGGAGGAAAGGCUGGAGCUCAAGCAGCGUAUCCGUGCCCUGGUGAAGGACAAAGGUGUCACAGUGAUCAGUAGUUCACUUCUUGAUGAUGAAACUGUAGAGGAACCCAGCAGGGCCAACAGGGAGAGAUCGACCCUCAGACCAGCUGAUGAGGAUGAAGUCAAAAGAAAGAAUGACUUCCUGCAGAAGGAGCUGAUGAGCAGAGAGAAAGAGCUGGAGCUGAAGAGAACAGAAUCCUUGCAGUUUAAAGCCAAACAGAACGAGAUGCUGAAGGAGAACAAGCAGCUGGAGCAGGGCAUGAAGGAGAUUUUGCAGGCCAUCCAGGAGGCGCAGAGCAAAGCUCCCACUCAGACGGCCAUCAGCAUCCCCAGCCUGGAGAGACUCGUCAGCGCCCUGGAGAUGAAGCACUCAGAGGGGAAGGUUGAUGUAAUUGCACAUCUGAGAGCACAGCUGGAUCAGCUGACCGGCAGGAACGAGGAACUGAGGCAGGAGAUGAAGGCAGCUCGAGAAGAGGCAGCCAACACACGGACUCAGCUAAUGAAGGCUAAUGAAAAGGUCGCACGUUUAGUGAGUGAGGUUGAGGCUGUGAGGCAAUCGGCAGGCAUGGCUGUAGCUCCUAAACCUCUUCUUCUGCCUGAAGAAAUGACACCAUCCAGCGCACAAGUCAUCAGUUCUCUCAAUGAGUACAUGAUCCAGCUGUUACAGGAGUUAAGGAAUAAAGAAGAUUCGAGCAAGCAGCACGGUCUGGCUUUGGAUGAGUACAAGAGGAAAUUCGCCGUAAUGCGACAUCAACAGGGACUGCUGUACAGAGAGUACCAAAGUGAGAAGGAGGCCUGGAAAAAGGAGAAAGACUGUUUUACGGAGUUGAAAUCCAAAAUGGAAGAGCAGAAGGAGCUGGAUGCGGUGAAGAUCCAAGAAUAUAAUUUCUGGCUGGAGACUCUGCAGCAGGAUCCGGCUGAGAUUAGGAGGCAGGUGGCCGAGGCGGCCCGUAAAAUGACUUUACUGCGAGUGAACGAGAGGUCUCUGACCCGCCGCUACACCACCCUGUUGGAGCAGGAGCACCACCUGAGGAAGGAGAACAACAAGCUGAAGGAUGACUCGGUGCAAAUGGAAGCUGCUGUUACAGAGCGAAUCGGCUACCUCCAGAGGUUCAAGGAGAUGGCUGCGUUCAAAAUGGCGGCACUCCAGAAAGCGCUGGAAGACAGCGUCCCGUCUUCGGAGCUGGAAAGAGCGAACAAGCAGUACAACGACCUCACUAUGAAAUACAGAGAUCUGCUCCAGAAAGACAACCACCUCAUUCAGAGAACCACCACUCUGGAACAUUUGGAGGGUGAGAACGUUUCCCUCCGUGAGCACAUCAGCGGCAUCAACAAGGAGCUCGAGAUCACGAAGGAGAAGUUGCACACACUAGAGCAGGCCUGGGAACACCUCAACACCGCUGGAGGAGAGAAUGGUUUGGAUAAAGCUGCAAAGGCUCUGGCAAACAGCGAGAUCGUGUCCGUGUCCAAGCGCAUCACCACCCUGGAGAUGAAGGAGCUGAAUGAGAGGCAGCGAGCCGAGCACGCUCAGAAGAUGUACGAGCACAUGAGGAGCUCUCUCAAACAGGUGGAGGAGCGGAACUUUGAGCUGGAGGUCAAGUUUGCCGAGAUGGCAAAGCAGAACCUGGAGGCACAGCGGAUUGAGCGUGAGCUACGAGACGAGCUGGCCGAUAGCGUCAGUAAAGAAGUCAGUGACUCGGACCGGCUCCGCAUCUCUGAGCUGGAGAAAAGCGAAGCCCAGCUCAGGAUAGAGGUGUCUAAGUUGCGGGAGGUUUCAGACAUAGCGAAAAUGCAGGUAUUUGCUCUGGAAGCCAGGCAGCAGUCCCGGGAAAAGGAGGUGGAGUGUCUCAGGAGGCAGGUGCUUGACUAUCAGGCUCAGAGUGACGAGAAGGCCCUUAUCGCCAAGCUCCAUCAGCACAUCGUGGCACUGCAGCUGAGCGAGACGGCAGCCAUCAGCAGGCUUGAGGCCUACACCACUCGCCUUCAGCACCUGGAGGCUCAGAGGCUGCGGGCAGAGCAGCAGCUGGACGCUCAGCAGCAGGCGCUGUGGCAGGCAAGGCAGGAGGGGCGUCAACGUGCUAGACACCUCCGCCAGGCCUUGCACGCCUUGCGCAGACGGUUCUCCGGAGCACUGCCCCUCGGCCAGCAGGAGAAGUUCUCCAGCACCAUGCUGCAGCUGCAGGAGGACCGAACGAGAGCGCGGGAGGAGGCACGCCGGGCGCAGGAGGAGCGCAGCGCGGCUGAGGGGAAAGCACAGGAGCUGGAGCUCCGACUGAAGGGUCUUGAAGAGCUCACAGCCACGCUGAAGGACGUUAAAGGAGCUCAGAAGGUGAGCGAGUGGCAUAAGAAGCUGGAGGAGGCUCGUCUGCAGGAGCUGAGGAAGAACAGAGAGCUGGUGGCACAGCGGGAGGAGAUCAGGUAUCUGAAGAACAUGGUGGCCGAGCAGGAGCGCUCCAUCGUUGGUCUCGAGGAGGAACUGGUGCAGCAGAACAACCUGUUGGAGGAGCAGCAGCUCUCGUGGGAUCAGAGAGAGGUGGAAUUGGAGCGACAGCUGGACAUCUAUGAAAAACAGCAGAACCAAAUCAUCGGAUCUGCUCAGAAGUUUGAAGAAUGCAUGGGUUCUCUGCCAGAUCCAAAGCAGCCUCUAGCUCAUCAGCUGGACCAAGCUCUGGGUAAACUAAGGGAGUACGUUCGCACCAUUCUGGAGACUCAAGCCACCUGCAAAACUAUGGAGGAGAAGCUGAAGGAGAAGGAGGCGGAGCUGUGGCAGGCCGAGCAGAACGUCCUGUCGCGGGAUCGAGUCAUCAACGAGCUCCGACUCCGUCUCCCUGCUGCCGCCGACAGGGAAAAGCUCCUCGCCGACUUGAGCAAGCAGGAUGACACGAGCAGCCAGCAUGCCGUGAAGAUCGCACAACAGACCAUCAGCAACCUGCAGUGUCUCCUCGACCAGAAAGAGGAGGUCCUCAAGAAGUACCAGAACCUUCUGGCCAGGGCGAGACAGGAACAGGAAGAAGCAGUAAAAAAGCACGAGGAGGAAGUGAGGAACCUGCACCAACAGCUGGACCUUCACAUGGACUUGUCCCUGGACCGCUUAAGACAGACGACUCUGGAGCUGAUGAAGAAACCCAGACUAGACGUCCCGACCACGAAGCAGAUGGAACGGCUGGCUGAAAUGGAGCAGAUGGUGACGGAGCAGGACACGUCUCUGUCAUCGCUAAUGCACAAGCUGAAGGUGCUGAGCGCUGAGCUGGAGAGACAGAGACACGUCACAGCUUUUCAGGCCAAAGAGCAUGCGGAGCAAACGGCCAAACUGGAGGAAAGGCACACAUGUCAGAUAAAGACCAUGUCUAAGGAAUCAGAGGAUCUGAGAUCCCAGCUGUCCCAGAUGGAGAAAGAGCUGCAGUACCUCAGCACCGAGCUGGAGGCACAAAAAGAGGCCAACGUUCGCUCGCCAAGCAACACCAUGAAGAAUCUGGUUGAGCGCCUGAAGGCCCAGCUGGGCCUCAAAGAGAAGCAGCUGAAGGCCCUCAGUAAAGCCAUCCUCGAGUUUCGGGCGCAGAUGACGUCCCAGGCUGAGCAACAGAUCAUCGCGAACGCGGCCCAGAAAGAGGAGGCACUCAAUGUUCAGCAGAUCGUGGACAAGCAAACCAAAGAGCUCAAGGCUCGUGUAAAGGAGUUGAACGAUGAGCUGCAGAGCUGGAAGGAGAGCGUGAAAGCAGGGAAAACCCGACAGAGCUCUCUGAAGGAGGAGGUAGAGAGCCUGAGCCGCGAGCUACAGAGGAGCCAGAAGAUCCAGAGCAGACUUCAGAGCGAGAGAGACAAUCUGGAAGAACAGCUGGACGAGUUGAAGCAGAAAGUGAAGAGACUCAGCAACGGCCUGCAGGGUCAUACUGAAGUCCCCUCAGUAGAGGCUUUACAGAACAAGAUCCGCAGACUGGAGUCAGAACUGGACAGGAAGAAUGCGUCAGAGCCGGCAGAGAAAAAAACGGCAGUGAGGGAUGACAAGUCUAAUAAAGAAGAACUGGUGAGGUGGGAAGAGGGUAAGAAGUGGCAGGCGAGGAUGGAGAAAGUCCGAAGUCUUUUAAAAGACAAGGAGAAAGAGACGGAAUCCCUUUCCAAGCAACUGACCACCCUGAAGGAGCUCUACGGAAGGCUGGAGCAAGAGAAACUGAGCCUGCAGAGGAAGUUGAAGAGUCGAGGCGUGACGGCGGAUCAGGUGGUGGGCACACGGGCCACCCUCGAGGCUGACAAAGAGAUCGAGGAGCUGAGGAAGAGGAACUGUGAGCUGGAGCAACAGAUAGAGAUCAUCAAGCAGCAACAGGCUUUACCUCGGGACGCUGCGAUGGAGGACAUGAACAUCAGGAACCGCUACCUGGAGGAGAGACUUCAUUCUCUGGAAAGCCAGCUGGCAAAAGAGCCCCUAUCCAGGCCAUCGGAUAAAAGCAGGAUUUCUUCUGCCCAGUCCAGUUUAUCCCCUAAAGCCCAUCGCUCUACGACCUUUGAGGUCACAAAUGACAAUAAAGACGAAAAAACGCAGUCUUCCUCAUUAAGCAAAGACCAAAGCCCCCAUCAACGUGGAGAACACGAGGAGAUAAUGGCUGGACCUUGUACUGAAGCGAAUAAUGUAUAUGAAAAAGGUGGACAUGAAGAAAUGGAAGCUAUGUUGAUUCCUGGUCAAGAUUUAGAUUUAGGAAGCAAGGCUGAAAAUGAAACGUUGCCUAAAAGUCAAGAUUCUGAAGAACUGGUACGAGAAAAGGACGAGCUUCGUGAAGGGGAGGUAGAAAUCAGAAAAACAAUGUCUGUAUGUUCUCAGACAGAACUAGAAAAGCUAGACGGAACCCGGUUCACCUCUAAAGAACGUGAGGAACUAAAAGAGCAAGAACACGUGCUGCAACGUGAGGAGGAAGAUCAGGGCGAUAGGGAGCAACGAAACGAGGCACCAGUGGGAGAAACAGCGCUGACAGAAAGAUCUCCUGAGUCUCACAAAAGCCAGACAGGAGCUUCACAAUCACACGAAUCUGAAGCGCACGUUCAUACGACUGAGCAGCAAGAACAUAGUGCUUUGGAGGAUGGAGAAACAUCUAAAGAAGCAGUGAGGAGAGACGAGACAUCUGGCCGGGGCUCAGCAGGGACACCGACACAGAGGGAGCAUGAGUUACAGAAAGAGAACCUCAAGCUCUCCAGCGAGAACCUGGAGCUGCGCUUUCAGUUAGAGCAGGCUAACAAAGACCUGCCACGUCUUAAGGCUCAGGUGUCUGACCUCAAAGAAAUGUGUGAUGCUCUGAAAAAGGAGAAAGCAGAGGUGGAAAAGAAGCUGGGUAAUAUCCGUGGGCCAGCGCAGUCUGGACGAAGUGGAAAAACCGUCCCCGAACUGGAGAAGACCAUCGCGCUAAUGAAGAAGGUGGUGGAGCGGGUGCAACGAGAGAACGAGACCCUGAAAAAGAGCUCGGCGACGGCGAUCCAAGCGCAGCUCACCGCUCUGCAGCACGAGCAUGAGAAACUCAAGGCCGAAUACGACAGGACGAAAGAGCCGAAUCAGCUGACAUCCAAACUCGAGUCGCAGGCUAAAGGAAUGGAGAAAAUUGUGAUGGAGAAUGAGCGGCUGCGCAGGGACAUCAGAAAGGAAUCAGAGGCCGUAGAGAAGCUGCGAGUAGAGAAGAACAGUCUGGAAGUAAGAAAUGAAAAGCUGAAGCUGGAGCUCGAAGAGACCAACCAGAAGCUCCUACUGGCUCAGUCGAAGGGUCCGUCCAUAGAUGGAGCAGAUAGCAAGACCUGGAAAUCUAAAGUUGUGACGAGGUUGUUUGAAAACAAAAUGAAAGGGCUCGAGAAUGAACUCUCCAAGAAGGAUGCAAGUCUCUCAGAGCUCAAAGUGCAACUCACAGAAUCCCGUGAGAAAGAGCAAACAACGCGGCAAACCGUCGCACAGCUGAAUGAACAAGUAGAGCUCCUGAAAAAUAUUCCCAGUGAUGGGCUCGCUAAGGAGUUUAAGUCUGUUAGUCUAGCAAACCACCAGCUGGAAAAGGAGAAGCUUCGUCUUCUUGAGCGGAUCCAGAAAUAUGAAGAGCAGUUUGGAACCCAUAUGGACGGACCAGGAUACAAAGAACUUCAGGCCCAAAUAAAGUCAUCGAGUGCUGAGAAGAGCCAGCUACAGGACGAAGUCAGUAGGAUGACCAAAGAACUGGCGAACUUUGACCCGACGUUCUUUGAGGAGCUCGAAGAUCUCAAGUUCAAUUACAACGUAGAGGUGAAGAAGAACAUCAUCCUGGAGGAGCAGCUGAAAAAACUGUCCGAGCGCUUCGGAGUGGAAGUGGACAUCCCGACGGAGGGGUCACUGAGUUAA